GAAGACUGACGGGCUUUGCAUUCCUCCCCCCUCCCUUCUUGCAGUCGCUGAACCCCAACCUGCUGGCUGUGGUGACCGAGAGCACGGACACCCACCCGGAGCGCUCGUUCAUUGGAAUCUAUCUGAUCGACGGUGUCACCGGUCGGAUCAUCCAUUCCUCGGUGCAGAAGAAGGCCGAGGGGCCGGUGCACAUUGUCCAUUCGGAAAACUGGGUGGUGUACCUCUACUGGAACGCCAAGGCCCGUCGGAACGAGUUCACAGUGCUGGAGCUGUACGAGGGCACCACGCAAUACAACGCCACGGCCUUCAGCUCCUUGGACCGGCCCUACUCGCCCCAGGUGCUGCAGCAGUCCUACAUCUUCCCCUCCGCCAUCAGCACCCUGGAAGCUACCAUCACCGAACGGGGCGUCACGAGUCGCCAUCUGCUGAUCGGUCUUCCCUCGGGGGCCAUUUUGUCCCUUCCGAAGGCUUUGCUGGAUCCACGGCGGCCGGAAGUCCCCACAGAGCAAACGAGGGAAGAAAACCUGAUCCCUUAUUCCCCGGAUGUGCAAAUCCACGCCGAGAGGUUCAUCAACUACAAUCAAACCAUCUCCCGAAUGAGGGGCAUUUACACAGCCCCAUCGGGCCUGGAGUCCACUUGUCUGGUGGUGGCUUAUGGGUUAGACAUCUACCAGACCAGAGUCUACCCCUCCAAACAGUUCGACGUCCUCAAAGACGAUUAUGAUUAUGUCUUGAUCAGCAGCGUGCUGUUCGGGCUGGUCUUCGCCACCAUGAUCACCAAGAGGCUGGCCCAGGUGAAGCUGCUGAACCGGGCCUGGCGGUAACGGUAGAGAAGCACACAGGCCCACUUUUGACGGCGGAACGGCCGAGCCCUUGCGAGUGGGUUGCAGUCCCAUUUGAAAGGGAGGGGGUACUGCCCGCUUUCCACCCACCCCGGAGGAAGAAGGAACCAUGGAACUGCCCUGCCGAUUGCCCGAUUCACUGCGGAAAACGAGAAAUUCCAGAAAUGGGGAAGGUCCUGUGAAAUUAUUAAGCCGCUUUCCCCCCCCGUCCUUCGAUGCCAGCGCUGCGAAUCUGCUUUGCUGCUUGAAACUUUUUUUACGAUGAACCUUUUUUUCAACUCCUGAAGCUGUGAUAAAACAUUGUCAUCCUGUUUCUUCCCCCCUGAAAUUUUAGCUCAGAUUUCAGCCAGAUUUCUCUAUAGAGCCUGUUUCGGUUCUCUUCCCCCCCCCCACCCCCCAAGGAAGAAAAUGGCUGUGGAGAAAGAAAGAAAGAAAAAAACACCACCCCAGUCUUUUGAGAGAAUGUGUGAAAAUAUCAGCUUGGAAAAUGCAGGUGAUGAAUUUGGGAAAAUGGAUAUAAAUCAGGCAAAAAAAUGAACCUGUUCCAUCUUCCAUCUCGCAAGGAAUUCAAAGGGAGACUUGACUUGUCUUUUCCUUGCACUGAAUUUUUAAACUUAUUUUUUUAAUUGGCUCCUUUUGUUCUCAGAUUGUUUUCCCCUCCUUUGUCUUAUUAUAGUUCCUAAUUUAUAUUGACUUUUGGGGGGGAAUCUGUCCAGCUUUGGGUUAUGGGAGUACUUGAAGCUCAUUGAAAAAAAACAAAAAACAAGUUUUGACUUUCUGAAUGAAAACAUUUUCCUGAAUGUGUUUUUUGUUUUCUCUUUAUGGCAAGUGAGUGGCUUGCUAAGAGUUUGUUGGUUUAUUUAUAUUUAUUUUGAGGAGGGUUUUGGGUUGCGGUGGGCAGAGUCUAAAUCUGGAGUUUGCAGGGUAGAAAUUUGCAUUUUCUGUCGGGGAAAAAUGUGAAGUCAGACCUAUUUCCGCCUGUAUCCAGUUCAGGCACAGCAGAAAUAAAAGAAA